ACAUUUCUUCGUUCCAAGAUUUGACGUAUCGACUGAGUCACCUUAUUUUUGUCUUCGCCGCGCUUAACACAUUUUCUAAUAAACUUUUAAUUAAAUCCCGCAUUAAUUUUGUUAAAUAUUUUUUUUAGAAAUAAAACAAAAAUCGAAACCGAUACGAAAAUUGGUUACAUUCUACUAUUAAUUUGUAUGAACAAAAAUUGCUCAUAAUCUGCUAAAAUGGCUGAUGAUUUUGAUAUAGAAGCCAUGUUGGAAGAGCCAUAUCAAAAGGGCAUAAAAACUGGACAGCAAUCUAACCAAACUCAAAGCAGCAAUGGACGAAAGGAUGACUAUGCAAAGGGUAGCCGAUCAUCAAGAAGCCCGUCAAGAAGUGGGGAAAAGCACAAAGCCAAUUAUAUAAGAGAAGGCGAUAGAAAUAAAGACAAACACAGGGAUAGAGACAGAGAACGUUAUCGAUCUGUAGAAAGGUCUCGGGACAGAGAACGACGACGGUCCCGAGAAAAGAGAGGUAGUAAAUCCCGUGAUAGAAGAAGGAGUCGGUCAGGAGAUCGUAAGUCCAACAGACCUCGCGAUCGAGAAAGGAGGAGAAGUAAAUCUGGAGAACGACGAAGCCGUUCUAAAGAAAGAAAACUUAGUCCAAUCAGAGAAAAACCCAGUCGAAGUCGAUCACAGAGAUUGAAUUCCAGGGAUAAAAGACGCCGCAGUUAUUCACCAAAGCCAUUCAAACGGGGCCGAACACCCCCAAAUGGAUUAGGAGAACAUUCGCCAAGAGCUGAUUUGAGUCCAGAGGAGAGGGAUGCACGCACAGUGUUUUGUAUGCAACUUUCACAGCGUAUUCGUGCAAGAGACUUAGAAGAGUUUUUUUCAAGUGUUGGGAAAGUACGUGAUGUAAGACUUAUAACGUGCAACAAAACAAAAAGAUUCAAAGGAAUUGCCUAUAUUGAGUUCAAAGAUCCAGAAUCGGUUGCCUUGGCCUUGGGACUCUCCGGCCAAAAAUUAUUAGGUAUACCAAUUUGCGUUCAACAUACCCAAGCCGAAAAAAACCGCAUCGCCAAUGCUGUACCAACAUUUACUCCUAAACCGCAUACAGGGCCGAUGCGAUUGUAUGUCGGCUCUUUGCAUUUUAAUAUAACUGAAGAAAUGCUGCGUGGGAUCUUUGAACCAUUUGGAAAAAUUGAUUCCAUUCAGUUGAUUUCCGAUACAGAAACUGGACGCUCCAAAGGGUACGGAUUUAUAACGUAUCACAACGCGGACGACGCAAAGAAGGCACUCGAACAACUUAAUGGAUUUGAAUUAGCUGGCCGUCCAAUGAAAGUGGGAAAUGUUACCGAGCGUCUCGAUAUGAACACAACUUCUCUUGAUACAGAUGAAAUGGACCGCAGUGGUAUUGACCUCGGGGCAACUGGCAGAUUACAGUUGAUGUUUAAACUGGCAGAAGGUGCUGGCCUAGCUGUGCCGCAAGCAGCUGCAAAUGCGCUGUUAGCAACUGCCCCACAACCGGUAGUAGUGCAGCAACAGGCACAAAGCCCUACUAUAGCUACACAAUGUUUCAUGUUGUCCAAUAUGUUUGAUCCAAAAAAAGAAACUAAUCCUUUUUGGGAAGUGGAAAUUAGGGACGAUGUGUUGGACGAGUGCAAUAAGCAUGGUGGAACCCUACAUAUUUAUGUUGACAAAGAUUCACCUACUGGAAAUGUGUACGUUAAAUGCCCAAGCAUAACCACAGCUGUUUUGGCUGUUAAUUCCUUACAUGGAAGAUGGUUUGCGGGACGUGUUAUUACUGCAGCAUAUGUACCACUUAUAAACUAUCAUACACUUUUCCCAGAUGCACUUGCUGCAGUCAAUUUGCUAAGUACUACGAGAAAAGCGGCGGAAUAGAUAUAAAAAAAAAACUUGAUUAUAUAAAUCAAAAACAAAAUAAAACACAGUUGAAUAAUAA